GCCCUGCGCCCCGCCGUCAGCCAGCCCUCCGUCAGCCCCGCCGAGCCGCCCCGCGAGGACGACGAGGACGUGGACCAGCUUUUCGGGGCGUAUGGCACGACGCCCGCCGAGCAGCCGGCCAAGUCCCAAGCGCCUGAGGAGGUGGUGGACCCCGAGGGCUACGAGUCCGACGACUGCACCACUCUGGGGACUCUGGAUUUCAGCCUGCUCUACGAUCAAGAAAACAACGCUCUGCACUGCACGAUCAAUAAAGCCAAGGGCCUGAAGCCUAUGGACCAUAAUGGUUUGGCUGAUCCAUACGUCAAAUUGCACUUGCUUCCUGGAGCCAGUAAGGCGAACAAGCUGAGAACCAAAACGCUGCGCAACACCCUGAACCCCACCUGGAAUGAGACACUCACCUACUAUGGCAUCACCGACGAGGACAUGAUCCGCAAGACCCUGCGGAUCUCAGUUUGUGACGAGGACAAGUUCCGCCACAACGAGUUCAUCGGGGAGACGCGGAUCCCAUUGAAGAAACUGAAGCCUAACCAGACCAAAAACUUCAGCAUCUGCCUGGAGAAGCAGCUGCCAAUAGAUAAAACAGAGGACAAGUCUCUGGAGGAGCGUGGCCGGAUCCUCAUCUCCCUCAAGUACAGCUCCCAGAAGCAGGGGCUGCUGGUGGGCAUCAUCCGCUGCGCCCACCUGGCUGCCAUGGAUGCCAACGGCUACUCCGACCCCUACGUCAAAACUUACUUGAAACCAGAUGAGGACAAGAAAUCAAAGCAUAAGACAGCAGUGAAGAAGAAGACGCUGAACCCUGAGUUCAAUGAGGAGUUUUGCUAUGAGAUAAAGCACGGUGACCUGGCAAAAAAGACCUUGGAAAUCACAGUGUGGGACUAUGAUAUCGGGAAAUCAAAUGACUUCAUAGGUGGAGUGGUGUUGGGAAUCAAUGCCAAAGGCGAGCGCCUGAAGCACUGGUUCGACUGCCUGAAAAACAAAGACAAGAAGAUCGAGCGCUGGCACACACUGACCAACGAGCUGCCGGGCGCCGUCCUGAGCGACUGA